AGUUAUGUCUACUGUCAGUUUUUUCCAUGUUUUUGGUGCAUAUUUUGAUGCCUAUCUGCUGUAAACUAGUUCCCUCAACAGUUUAUCAACAUGUGUCCAGUAGGUUAGAGGUAGUGGAAUAUUUGGGGCCAGUUUUGUCCUUCACAAGUAACUUUUUCUUGGUUAAUUGGUGCUUUAAAAUUUUCACUCACGACGUCCCCACAACACACUUUUGGUCGCUCAGUGUUGGGAGUUGAGAUGUUGUGUGAGAUUAGAUGAAUCUGGUCCCCAUGAGGAACAAUAAACGUUGUGUGUGAAAGGUCCCCAUGAAGCCCAUUUUAUUCAAGAUGUGUGUGUGUGUGAGCGCAGACAGAGGAUGUUGGACAGGGAUAAAUGUUUAAAAUGAUGCUGAUUGUCUCAUUGGUCAUUCAGUGUCUGCAUCAGAUUAGCCUCUUGUUUUUCCAUGUUGUGAAAUCUUCUCAUUAUUGGUGUUGUCUCUUGCAGGAGAGUAGCAUUGCUGCUAAUAGCAGAGCAGCAGGUGACUCUGAUGCUUCUCUCCAGUCACAGACUCCAAUGGAUGAUGCUUCUCUCCAGUCACAGACUCCAAUGGAUGAUGCUUUUGGUCAAACCAGGUCUCCUCAACAGAUUGCAACCCAGAACCACAGUGAAAAUGAGAUUUUUGUGCCAAAACUGAGACGGACUAAAAGUGUCAUAAUGAAAGAUACAAAUCUUGAAGAUUCUGAUGAGCUCUUUGAUUCUACACCAGAGAGUUCCGAUGAUUAUGUUCCAGAUACCACUUCUGAAAGUGAAAGUGAUGUUAGCCUUACACUAAACCAGGCAAAACGUCGGCUUCUUGAUGAACUGGAUAUUGAUCAGUCUGGCUCAGUGAGUUGCCCUGAUUGUGACACCACAACGUCAGACAAAAUGCACAAUGUUGCGUCUGAAGCAUCUGGAACAGGAGAAGAACCCAGUUCAAGUCAGAACACAACAGACGGAAUAGUUGUUAGUGCAUACCAAAAAAGAGAUGGUGCUAGAGUGUACAACAAGAGACAUUACUGCUUGUACUGCAGUAAACCCUAUGCUAAGAUGGCAAGGCAUCUAGAAAGUUCACAUGAAAAUAAGUCUGAUGUGGCUAGAGCUCUAAGCUUUCCAAAGGGUUCAAAGGAGAGGAAAAACCAGCUUGAUUAUAUUCGCAACAGAGGAAACUAUGCUCACAAUGCAGCUGUUAUGGAGUCAGGAAAGGGCGAACUAGUGCCAUUUAAACGACCACGUAAAGAAGUGCAGGGAGAAGAUUUCAUGCAUUGUGCAUACUGUCAAGGACUUUUUACAAGAAAGGUCCUGUGGAGACACAUGCGUACUUGUAGACUUCAACCACAAUCAGACCCUCCCAAACCAGGAAAAAACCGUGUUCAGUCCAUGUGUACCUACACAGGGCCUGUGCCUUCAAACAUGACCAAACAACUGUGGGGAGUAAUCAGUGCCAUGAAUCCUGACCCAAUCACAGAUAUAAUAAAAAAUGACAGAGUAAUUACUGAUAUUGGGCAGCACUUGUUGAACAAAGGUGGGCUAUCAGAUAAGAAUAAACAAUGUGUGCGGGAGAAGAUGCGAGAACUGGGAAGAUUGAUUCACAAUGCCAGGAAAGUCACCUCCUUAAAAACACUGGAAGAUUGUGUAAAUCCAAAGAAGUACAUGGAGACCGUCAAAGCUGUUAAGUAUACAUGUGGGUAUGACAGUGAAACCGACAAAUUCUUGAUUCCAUCUCUUGCUAACAAGCUUGGGAAUUCCCUGGUUAAAGUAUGCAAACUCUUGAAAGCUCAGGGCUUAAUCUCCAAUGACAAACAGCUUGUGAAGAAUGCCAGUGAGUUUCAAGAAGUCCAUGCGAAUAAGUGGAACGAGAUGAUUUCUGCUACAGCAUUGAGGAAUAUCAGGGAAGCAAAGUGGAAUGUGCCCACGCUCAUGCCCUUUACUGAAGACGUACAAAAACUGCAUACUUUUCUCAGUCAAGUGCAAGAUGAGUGGUUCAACCUGCUCUCUGAAAGUCCAUCUACUAAAGCCUGGAUGGAGCUGGCCAAGGUGUGUCUAGCUCAGAUGAUUCUCUUUAAUCGGCGGAGAGAAGGAGAGGUGGCGAGCAUGCCUUUGUCUGUGUUUUUAUCAAGAGACACUUCUGAUCCACAUGAGGAUGUGGACUGGGCUCUCUCCGAAGUGGAGAAGAAACUCUGCAGACACUUCACAAGGGUUAUCACCAGGGGAAAGCGUGGUCGGCCAGUUCCAGUCCUUCUGACUCCAAAAAUGCUGUGUUCCUUAGAACUCCUUGUUAAGCAGAGAGAGGCGUGUGGGGUUUUAAAAGACAAUGCCUAUAUGUUUGCUAGACCAGAAGCCAUGACACAUUUCCGAGGGUCAGACUGCCUCCGUGGCUUUGCAAAGGCUUGUGGUGCAAAGUGUCCCAAGGCACUGACAUCUACCAGGCUGCGUAAGCAUGCCGCGACCCUUUCAACAGUGCUGAACAUGACCGACACCGAGAUGGACCAGCUGGCAAACUUUCUCGGGCACGACAUCAGAAUCCAUCGUGAGUUCUAUCGACUCCCUGAGAAGACCCUGCAACUAGCCAAGAUCAGCAAAGUUUUAAUGGCUCUUGAGCAAGGAAGAUUAGCUGAGUUCCAUGGCAAGAACUUGGAUGAAAUUGGGAUAGAUCCUGAUGAAAAAGUAGUUGACUGUGAUGAGGAAGAACAAGUUAAUGACUGUGAUGAGGAAGACCAGAGCAUACAAGAGGGACCCUGUUCAUCUACUGUUGACGCUUCAGCCGAGGUGGCACUUCCUGCUACCGAGAGGAAUAUGUCACACAAGAGAGGCAAACCAUCAUCAGAAGUGCCGAUGUCUUCAGGAGCCAGUGCUAUGAGACCACCUUGCAAAGGUAAAAGUAGCCAGAAGAAAGCUCCCUGGCAGCAGGCAGAGGUGCAGGCGGUGGAAAGGCACCUGAAGUCAUUCAUCAUAUCUGGCACUGUACCAGCAAAGAGUGACUGUGAGAAAUGCUUGAAAGCUGAACCACAAGCUCUGAGGAACCGCGAUUGGAAGACAGUAAAAUUUUAUGUUUAUAAUCGCAUUACAGCUUUCAAAAAGAAAUUGCAGUGCAGAUAAUACUGUAAAGAUGCAACUAUCUGGCAUGGCAAGUUUUGUUAAAGUUAAAGCCACAGCAGCACUUAAAGAAAUAGAAUAACUUAAACCGUUAAACCAGUGCAAGGCCACACGCUGAAAGCAUUGGUCUAACAAAAGUUGAAAUCCAUGUUUGUGAAAGGAAGCAUGGUGAGAGUUUAUAUAUAUAUUUUUUUUUACAUUUAGUAUAACAGGACUUUUGAGGUUUUGUUUUGAGGUUUGACUUAGAGUUAUGUGAAAUUUAACUAAAUAAAAGUUGAAUUCAGUCAUUUUAAUCUGAAUUAUUGUCUUGAAGUUCAAGUAGU